GUCUUAUAGAUCUAGAGAACAAAUGCAUGCUAUACACUAUGAAGUCCAUAGACAAUACUUCACAAAUUAUCUAUGCUUCACAAACAUAACCUGUAAUUGAUAAUAUUAAUUUGCACAACAUAAUGUAGUGUUUUCAAAUAUUGUAGUUUGUUUCAAUUAGUUAACUACAUAUUAUCUAAAUACACCGAAAAUGGCGAAGAUAAGUAAUGAUUUGAUUAAUUUGGACAUUGAAAAAUUAUGUCAGGAACGCAGUGUUCAGGAAUUGCAGGAAGUUGUUAAAGCCCUAGACUUUGAAAUAGAAAAUAGGAGAUCAGAUUUGCGAAAAGUUGUGGGUGAUAAAUAUAAAGAUAUAUUAACUGCAUCAGAAGUGAUUAACGUUAUGAAAGUCACUUCUAAACAAGUUGUUGACAGCAUUGACAAAAUAAUACACAACUGUGAAGAGCUGCUAGAAAAAAAACAAUUAAAUAAUUAUACUUUGCCUGGAAAGUUGGAGAGUAAAGCAACAGAAGAACGAGCUAUUCUAGUUCAAAUUAUGCUAUUAAUGGUUUUAAAAAAUCAAAUUUGGUUAUCAUUAGAAAAUAGUAACUGUAAUCUUGCUGCUCAGCUGUAUUUACUUGGUCAACAUGUUCAUACAGGUCUUAAGCUUUUAAAAGAGGAUGUUAUACACCGAUUGCCAAUAGUUAAAAGCCUUAAGUCAGACAUUGAUGUCAUAAGAGAUAGGAUUUUUAAAAGGAUUAAAGAUAAGUUUCAAUCAAUAAAAAUAAAUUCUGAGGAAGCAAGUUCGUUUUUAGUUGCAAUGAUACUUUUGGAAAAUCAGGACAUCACUCAACUACUUAGUAACUUUUUAGAGUUUAGAAAAUCUGCCUUGAAAACCGUAAUUAACAGUUCUUAUGAUACCACAAGAACUCAAGUUAUAGCAAUGAUGCAAUGCCUUCUAGCAACCGUCCUCAUUGUCUUUGACAAUUUUUUAGAGACAAAAAAUGGGCCAGGAUUAUUGCAAAAAAAUUUAGAAGAAAUUAUAUUAGACAGUUCCCCGUAUACAAUAUCCAAAGUAGAAUUACCUCAGACAUGUUUGAUAGAAUUUACACCAGAUAUAAUAAAACAUUUCAGGCAUAGCACUCCUGCAAUUNCCCGAAAAUUACUACAGGAUGGUUUAGAAAAACAGCUAAAAUUAUUAGUUAACAUAAAGAGCUUGCAUUUUAUUCGUGAAGAAAUCCUCAAAGAUAGUCUACCUCAAAAUUGGAAAGACGUUUGUUUGGAAAUGAAUUUAUCAGAAAAUUUUAACAUCUGGUCAUAUUACUUUGAAGGACUGAUAACUACAAGAGCUGAAGAAUUAGUCACUAAAAAUAUUUCUAAAAUUAUUGAUGAACUUCAAGAUCAAGCGGUUGAACUUUUUAAGGAAACUGAAAGUAUUAAAAGCAGUUUAAAUAUUUGGGAAGAAAAUGAUGAUUGCAGUAGUAGCGCGCAAGACGAUGCAAACAAAAUCACAUUAUUUAUGAAAAUGAAGGGCUACAAUAUCGGAAUAAUGAAUCUUUGUCGGAAUUUCGAUUUUAAAUUUUCUGAAAUUAACGAGGAAGUCAAUAUGUACUUGUAUAAAGUCAAUGAAAAAAGGGAAAUUUCUAUAACCGAACAUAAUCAAAUUUCUUUAGGCAAAGAGAUCGUCGAUAGAAGACGAAUGGAACAACAUAUGAAAAAAGAAUGCGAACAGAACAUGGAAAGAUUUAUUAAUUUUAUGAGAGAAAAUUUAAAAUCCACAGAAGAUACCAACAAUGAAUCAAAACGAUUACUGAUAGCUUCAAGACUUUUACAGGCAAUGAUCACUUUAUGCCCCCAUUUGAAGAAUUGUUGCACAAUUGAUAAUAAUAGCAAUUUAUGGACUACCAUUUGCGAUAAAUUCAAUCAAAAUAGUUUAGAACAUUUACAAUUGUGGGUUGAUAUUGCCACACACCAAAACAAAGUGACAAUAGAUUCGUUAUUGGAUAUUUCAAAUGUUUACAGCAUGCUGGGUGUGUUACCAGUGCGUAAUUGUUUCAUUUAAU